AUGGCUAUGUCUCAGGCAGCAAACCUGGUGGAGAAGAUUGUCGGUCAUGACGAUAAUGCGACAAUCACCACCGAUGUGUCUAACUACAAAAAUGAACACGGCGUGGAGACCGGGGAGCCGAUCAAAGCGACUACCUGGCAAGGGAAGAACGCAGUCAAAGUUGUGGAAAUGCCGAAGCCAAGGGUGGUCGACCCCGGAGAUGUAAUUGUCAAAGUGACAGGAAGCACUAUUUGCGGCAGUGAUCUGCAUCUGUAUCACGGCGUUAUCCCUCAGCUGCAGAAGGGUGAUGUCCUCGGUCACGAGUGCUGCGGAAUUGUGGACAGUGUAGGUCCGGACGCGAAGAACGUCAAGGUCGGAGAACGGGUUGUUGUCUCGUUCCCAAUUGCUUGUGGAAGUUGUCGGUACUGCAAAAGAGGGAACACCUCUCAAUGCGAGAAGACGAACCAGAACACACUCACCAAUGCUAUGUACGGGAAGCGCACUGCAGGCAUAUUCGGAUACUCUCACUUCACAGGCGGCUUUGCAGGCGGCCAGGCCGAGUAUCUCCGUGUCCCAUAUGGCGAUGUCAACCUCCUUUCUAUUCCGGACGAGGUGCCAGAUGAGAAGGCCCUGUAUAUAUCCGACGUUAUUGCGACAUCUUGGCACUGUGUGGUUGACACAGGUGUUAAGAAAGGCGAUGUCGUCGCAAUCUGGGGAGCCGGCCCGAUCGGACAGAUGUGCGCGCAGUUCAGCUUCUACCACGGAGCCAGCAGAGUCAUCGUGAUCGACGGAGGCAGCGGUGCAUGGCGAUUGGAUUUUGUGAAGACCAAAGCACCAAAGGUUGAGACGCUCGACUUCACCAAUCUGCCCAAAGGCGAAUCUGUGACAUCACAGCUGCAAAAGAUGGUCGAAGGCGGACCGGACGUUGCUCUGGAAUGUGCAGCGGGCGAGUAUGCCAAAGGAUGGGCACACUACUUCGAGCAACUGCUUGGGAUGGAGACAGAUACAUCGGAACUGCUGAAUGAAAUGAUCACUUCCGUUCGUCCCUUUGGUAGUGUUGGUGUGACGGGUGUCUAUGCCGGAUUUACAAAUCACUUCAACAUUGGAGCUCUUAUGCAGACAGGUGUUCAUCUAAUGGGUAAUGGGCAGGCUCCUGUCCACAAGUACUGGAAGCAGCUCAUGGAGCUUAUUCAGAAGAAUGAGAUCAACCCGCUAGAUAUGGUGACCCACCGGGUGCGUCUGGAAGACAUGGACAAGUUAUAUGCCGCGUUCGACAGGCGAGACAAGGGGAUGCAGAAGGUCUUCGUGCAAACCAGGCACUCUGCUCCUCCAUCAGCUGGAGCUCCUCAGCUGACAGAGCUGUGA